CCACUACUGGCCACUACGGCUGCUGCUGCGACCAUGUACCAUCUCGACGUCUCCAUGGCCGGUACUGGUGUCACUCUUCUCUCAUCUCUCUCUCUCGCUCUCUGCCGUCGUUGUUGCAAGACGUGCCACCAUGAUGACGGUGGAUGGUGCCGACGGCUGAAGGCUGCUGGCCUCCUGUUCCAAAGCAGCCGUGAUGCAUUGUCGGGGUCGAAUCAGCUGGGAGAGGUGCUCCGGUGAGCCUGCCCCGCCAAGCUCCCUCCCUUCCAGCACUCCCCUGGCCCUGCUGCGUCCUGACGCCAAGUGGCCCGCCACAGCAAGCAAUGUAAUACUCCAUAAUAGCAGCAGCACUCAGGAGUCGCCGGAUCGUCAUGUCAUCUCUGCUGCUUCG